AUGAUGACCUCUGGCACUGUACCUACCAUCCCAGCCGAAACGAGUCUGCAUGGGAGAAGUAACAACUUCCCAGCUCAGAAGGGGCGACAGCCAAGCGAGCGAGUUCGGCAAAGCGCCAAGCCCCAGUUCAACGGCCCUGAGACAAUGCAUGUAAUAGCCUUCACGCGUUUCAGGCGCUGGGCUUGCGCUGCCUACUUGCUCGUCCUAUCGCGUAGAUUGAGCGUCAUGAGUUUGAUCGUGUGGAUCCAGUAG